AUUGAAAGCAAGGCAAGGCAGUCCGCCUCGGCUCAGCGGGAGGGAACGAGCGCUCUCAGACCAGGCGAAUGCGACUUCCCGCGCUCAGAGACGAAGAAAGAGGAACGGAAAGCCGCCGAACAGUCCUGGAAGAGCGCGAGAGGGGCGCAGGGGAGUGAAGCCCAAACGAUCCAGAGGAGAGGGAGUGCGCCCGAGGGACCCGAGUCCCCGAGUCUCGAGGUGGUAAAGCAGGGCGAUUCCUGCGCUCGGAAGGGAGUUGGGGAGUUUGCGGGACUGGACGCGUUCCUCUGGAACUAAGAACCUCAGACAUGGGGAGGAGGGAGAGACGAGAUCUUCCACUCGACGUGGAGGCUAAAUGGAUUAUCCUGGUUUUGGGAGUCCUUCUGACGGUGCUACCUGAAGUUAAACCCUGUGAAGUCGGAUAUCAGCAACAGGGAGGCGAAUGUAUAGAUGAGGAUGAGUGUAAUCCAGUGAAUCUGUGCGGUAAUAACUCUCGCUGUUUCAACACUCCUGGUAGCUACUACUGCCAGUGUCGGGAGGGGUACACGGCCAAAACGAUCAACUUUACUGCCAUAACAGGACAGUGUAAAGACGUAAACGAGUGUUUUGAGAAAAAUCCCUGCCCAGAGAACUCCAGAUGUUUGAACACCGCCGGCUCAUACUGGUGUGAGUGUUCGACGGGCUUCCAGAAUAAAACAGUAGGAUCUUCAUACGUCUGCUCAGAUGUUGAUGAGUGUUUGGCAAUGCCCACGUUGUGCGGACCGCAUGGUGUGUGCAGAAACACUCUCGGCUCGUUUACCUGCUUGUGUCCCAAGGGCUUUCGUAACCAAGGUGCCGUCCACACCCCCUGCGAAGAUAAGGACGAGUGCGAUGGGGAGGAACACGUGUGCGGUGUCAACGGCACUUGUUCCAACACCGAAGGGAGUUUCCACUGCCAAUGUGACCCUGGUUUCAGUAACUUUGGAAACAACCAGACCAAGUGUGCAGAGCUGAAAUGUGACCCAAGACCCAACCACACAUCCAAAGAGGGUGCAGACAUGAUGAGCAACAUGGUGGAACUCUUCAAGACGAGCUGCGAGUCUCUGGUGGGUCCGAGUGGGGAACAGCGGACGGGAGAGACCUUACUGGAGCACCUGCUGAACGUGACGGGUGACGUGUUAUCGGGCGGGAAUCUGAACUCCGGCUCCACGGUGAGCGCGUUUUUCGGGACGGUGGAGGACACGAUGCGGCUCAUCGCACCCCAGCUGGGCGUGGCUACCACCCGGAUGGAGAACGAUGAAACCGAGGCGUGGCUUGCUGUGAGGAAGGACGAGACUCCGCCCACUGGCCGUGUCACGCUGGAUUCCGAUGACGUGCAGCUUAACAUGAGCUGGAAGGCAGCGGUGGGGACUGAUUACCCAGGUUACGCCUUCGUGGCCCUGGUCAGCUACAAAUCUCUGAACCUCACCAACGCUCUGAAACCGAACCCAGACGCCGAGUCGUCGGACAGAAACACCACCUACACACUCAACUCCCGGGUGGUGACGGCGCUCGUCAGUAACAAGGACACGAGUUCGCUGUCGGAACCCGUCACGCUCACCUUCAAACACCUGCAGGAAGGCGAAGUGGCCAAGGGCCUGAACUACAGCUGCGUGUAUUGGGACCAGGACCAGGCCGACGGGGCGUGGUCGGGGCGGGGCUGUAUGAAGGCGGAGUUUAACUCCACACACGCUGCGUGUACCUGGAAUCACCUGAGCAGCUUCGCUGUUCUCAUGGCCCUCUACCCCAUCCAGGACUCGUUUCAGCUGGUGUGGAUCACCUGGGUCGGCCUGUCGCUCUCUCUAGUUUGUCUGCUUCUCUGCAUCUUGACCUUCAUCUUCUGUCGCUCCAUCAAGGGAACUCGAACCACCAUCCACCUCCACCUGUGCGUCUGCCUCUUCGUCGCCAACUUCAUCUUCCUCUUCUUUAUCUCCAGCACCCGCAACAAGAUCGGCUGUGCCGCGGUCGCCGCCCUCCUGCACUACUUCUACCUCUCGGCCUUCUGCUUCAUGCUGCUGGAGGGGGUGCAGCUCUACCGCAUGGUGGUCCUGGUUUUCCACACCACGCUGCGCCCGCUCUACCUGUUCGGCGUGGGCUACGGCAUCCCUCUCGCCAUCGUCAUCAUCUCCGCCAUCGCCUUCCCGUCCGGCUACGGCACAGAGCGGCACUGCUGGCUCUCUCUGGAUGGCGACUUCAUCUGGAGUUUCUUGGCCCCGGUUUGCAUCGUCAUCCUCCUCAACAGCUUCUUCUUCAUCAUCACCGUGUGGAAACUGAUGAAAAAGUUCUCCAGCCUCAACCCGGAUCUGUCCAAACUCCGAAAGCUCAGGGGCUUCGUGCUGACGGCCGUGGCUCAGCUGUGCGUGCUGGGCGGGAUGUGGAUCUUCGGCUGCUUCCUCUUUCAGGAGGAGGGCACGCUGGUGAUGGCGUACCUCUUCACCCUCCUGAACAGCCUGCAGGGGGUGCUCAUCUUCGUCAUGCACUGCCUCAUGAGCAAAUCGGUACGAGAGGAAUACAGGAAGCUCUGUGGCGGCUCCAGUAAAUCACAGAAGAAGAGAUACUCCGAUUUCAGCUCCAACCAGUCCAGCAACAGCCAGCGACCUCUGCGGAGUGCCCCGAGCACAGGGGAGUCCCAGAUUUGACAACCUCCCCGACCACGCCACCAGUUUAAGCUCUAUCUGACUCUGCCAGAGUUCCUGUAAACCGACGGACCUGUCACGCAUUACAAAUAUCCUCAAGAGCUACAACUUCCAUCACUUGGCCAAAGGGAACACACCCAGAACCGCCCGUUCUUGCCAUCCAACCGGUGGAAGAAGAUCCAGAAACCAUGAGUCUUCCAUUGCGCCAAUAAAACCAAUGGGAACGCAGACAGAAGCGCUCUAUUUAUUUUUAUAGCCCAAUAGGACUUCCAAGUUCUUCCAAGCCACCAGAUGGGAACAGACUAAGAAUCGCCUCCUGGUACCAAGCUCAUUGAUGGUCCCAGGAACACCAGCUUCUACCUAGCCAAUGGAACAAAGAACAAACCUGAAAUGCCUACUACUUAGGUUCAGUCACUUCAGUAAGAAGAGCCAAAAAACUGGCUCCAUGAGGACUUGUCUUCCAUCCAGAAACACCUCCUAUUUACCUCCAGCCAACACCAAUAUACUCAGAAAUAUCCACUUCCUACAUUAAGCUAAUCAAAAAUCAUUGGACUGCCAGUAUGAACGCAACCAGAGCAGGACGUUCCUUCUAUCGAGCCAAAGGGAACACCUGGGAAACAACUAGUUCUACUUUGCAGCCAAUGAGAACUCAAGAAACACUCAUAAGACCCAUAACGAUCCUCACCCAUUGCUCAGAUCUUUGUCUGUACACGGGCCUCGGCUCUGCCCAUCAUCCUAACCCAAUUAUUUUAGCAUCACAGUCACUGAGACAUGGAAUACACACCUGGGAAGUCAAGUUAAAUGGACAUCGUCUUAAAGCAAGUUCACAGCAACCUUUGUUGAGCAACCUAUGGGCGACAGUGGCUCCCUUAAAAUGACAAGAAGACACCUUGAGAGGAUCCAAGACUCAGCCGGGACCUGAGUCCUCUUUGGGAAUUCAGACAGGAGCUUUUUACCUUCUUACUUUAAUUUCCAGCAGCCGCUUGCAGAUAUUCCAAGGAAACUGCUGAAGGGUGUCAAGGGCUUGCAACUAUCAAGAGAUUAGACUGUGUAUUGCUAGGCGUAGAAGGUAUUCAUGAAGAGGAGCAUUUGGUGUUUUGCCAGAUGCUGAACACCACUUAUUGUGCUAACAGCUAAAUCCUAGAUUUCACUUGUUGCGCUAAAGCUGAAUGGUUGGUAAUCAGUUGGUAAGAUGUUUAGGGUACUUUGGGAUGACGGACGAAAAGCCAACCAAGACCAGCUCCCAGAACAACUCGGGAGUUCUUUUCAACACUCCAAGAGCACAACAGGGACAAGAACUCGACGCCUGCACUUUUUUUCGGUCGCUAUCUACGACGCAUUGAAAUGUUAUAUAACUAUUAUUAUUUUUUUAGAAUGUAUUGUAAGUAAAAAGAUCAAAUGGAAGGACGAUCCAGAAUCCAGUUAUGCAUCCUCUAAAUGGAUCCAACAGUGACUUAUUUUUUUGUUUGUUAUUUGUUCUUUCAUCUUACGUUUAAAUGUGCCGUCAGGUCCAAACGUCAGAGUCAACCACAGAGAACUCCAGGCAAUUUACCCCAUUCUUCAUCCUCUCUCAGACUGGUUGGUGGGCAAGUCUAGUCUGCGGUCAGGCCACUCUAGGACAAUCAGAGACCUGAAUGUCCUAAAGCCUUACUAGUGUUGUUUUGGCUGUAUGCUUCGGGUCAGUUUGAGUUGAAAAGUGAACUGCCACCCCAGUGCACUGUAUAGGAGGCAUUCCUCAAUUCUCAGCAAUCUCCCUGUCCCUGCUGCUGAGAAGCACCCACGUGGCAUGAUGCCGCCACCACCACGCUUUACUAUAGGUUAUCUGCAGUUCUGUCCAAAGAGUUCCAUUUUUGUCCCAUUGAACCACAGUUCUUUACACCCCUAGAAGGACUGCUGGGUUCUUUCUUACCCUCGGGACCAAGACCCUUCUUGUUCAGUGACCCAAUGUGGCUGGAUUCCCAACUCUAGGAAGGUUAUGUGGCCCUUAUGGACCCUUAUGUGGACCACAGGGGACUCAAGGGUGUCUUUCCAAUCUCAAAGCUAGUAAAAUGAUCCGACCACUGACGUUUGGACCGGAACGUAAGCACAAUAAAACUGAUUUUAUCAGAGAGCACUUUCAUUGUUUUGUUUUUUUACUUUUAGGAGCUUUUAUAUUUGUUCUGGAGAUGUUUUUAGAUAUUUUUGUACUUGUUUUCUUGCUUUGUUGCACCACAGUGUAAAUACUCCUUGUUUUUAGUGUUGCACACACACACACACACAAGCUCAGGGUGACGGAGCAGAUCCUGGAGAUCCUGGAUCAGCAGAAACCCUCGUUUGGUACUGAUGCUUCCUUCAGUCUGAAUUAAACUCACUGAAAGAUC